GGUGGCGGCGGCAGCAGCAGCGGCAGUGGCGAUGAUGGACCCCUGCAGCCUUUCCCGUCGGAGUUUGAGAGGGCCGUAAUGCGUCAUUCACUGAUCCUCUCUGAACAAGUUCUUUCGUCUGAGCAGAUGAAAAUGUACCGUUUAUUGUUACGUUCUCAUGGACAACUUCGGCUACAUCACAGCUUCUUCUAUCAAGAUAAGAAAAAGCCAGAAAAGAAGAGUAUGACACGCUGCCACAGCUUUGAAUUCCUGCCACCAGAUUUGUCUGAGCUGAGGGUCGUUCUGCUGGGGAGCAGCUGGUCUGAGAGGAGCUCGGUGGGGAACUUCAUCCUGAGAGAAACACAUCAUUGGGCUCAGUUUAACCCUGAGGAAGAACCAUUCGGCUGUGUGACGAAAAUCGGACAGUUUAAUGAGAAACGCAUAGUUCUCAUCAACACUCCAGAUCUGCUGGUUCUGAACAGAAUCCUCAGACUGGAUGUAAAAUUCUGCUCUUAUCCUGGACCUCAUGUGUUCCUGCUGGUUCUGCAGCCCGAAGACUUCACUCAUCUCGAUGAGAUGAGACUCUGCAGAGUCCUGAAACUCUUCAGUGAUCGAUCAUUUGAUCAUUCACUGGUCCUCAUAUCAACACCCAGAGAGGAGAGUCCAGGUUUCAUGGAAAGAUACAGGCAGCACCCCCCCAUAAAAGAAAUGAUCAGGAAAUGCAGAUACAGGUUUCUGUGGAGAAAGGACCUCGAAUUUCCAGAGCUGUUAACACGGCUGGGUCAAAUUGUGAAAGAGAACAAUGGAGCGCAUGUUUGUCCGUAGUAUAUUUGGACCAAAGUAAGUUGGAUGUAAGUGAGAGAUCGAUGUAAAAAUUAUUUAGAGAUCUCUGAAAUUGGACAAACGCAGAUCUGAGAUCAAAUAAGUUCAGAAACGAAUUUGAGCACAAAUAUCGUUUUAAACAGUCAUUUUUCUCCACAUAUUAUCUAUGCAUAUGUAUUAUCUGUACAUAUAUUAUAGCUACAGGCCAGUUUUUAAACUCCUGUGUCCACCAGUGGUGUGGGAAUCUUUUGUAAAUAAACAACUGUGUACGUUCUUAUCUGCAAAUGCUAUUUUAAGUGCCUGUUAAUCAGAGUUAAGAGCAGACCACAGCACCAUUACAGCAGCAACUGUGGUUGUAAAUGAUAUCGUUUUAACUCUUGAUCUUAGGAAACACAGUGUAGCUACGACACAAAAAAUAAUGGAACAGAAAAACAGAUUAAGAGGACUCACAACUCUGCAAAAUAUUUCAAAUAAUAUUUCGUAUUUCUCAGGUUUGUUUUUUUUCAAGACCUUCCCGUGAUUAAUUAUUUUCCUAAACAAAGAAGAUUUGAAUACUGCAAAAUGAAAAAUGUUUUUCAUCUAUAUGUGUUUUUUCCACUAUUAUUUUUGUGUCUUAUGAUUUACUCUUUGGUUGUCAGGUUGCUUUUGGCUGUGUUUUGAUUUUUUUAGUCACUGCUCUGGUUCAGUUGGUUUCAUUUAAAAUAUGUGACCAUAUGUGAUUUACCUUAAAUUCAAUAAAGUUCAUUUACAAAAGCACAGCAGGGAUAAA